AUGACCACGCUGGCCGGAGCUGUGCCCAGGAUGAUGCGGCCGGGCCCGGGGCAGAACUACCCGCGCAGCGGCUUCCCUCUGGAAGUGUCCACUCCCCUCGGCCAGGGCCGUGUCAACCAGCUUGGCGGUGUAUUUAUCAACGGCAGGCCGCUACCCAACCACAUCCGCCACAAGAUCGUGGAGAUGGCCCACCAUGGAAUCCGGCCCUGUGUCAUCUCCCGCCAGUUGCGUGUGUCCCACGGCUGCGUCUCUAAGAUCCUGUGCAGGUACCAGGAGACUGGCUCCAUCCGUCCUGGUGCCAUUGGCGGAAGCAAGCCCAAGCAGGUGACAACGCCUGACGUGGAGAAGAAAAUUGAGGAAUACAAAAGAGAGAACCCGGGCAUGUUCAGCUGGGAAAUUCGAGACAAAUUACUUAAGGACGCUGUCUGUGAUCGAAACACUGUGCCCUCAGUGAGCUCCAUCAGCCGCAUCCUGAGGAGUAAAUUCGGGAAAGGCGAAGAGGAGGAGGCUGACCUGGACAGGAAGGAGGCCGAGGAGAGCGAGAAGAAGGCGAAACACAGCAUCGACGGCAUCCUGAGCGAGCGAGCCUCAGCACCCCAAUCAGAUGAAGGCUCCGACAUUGACUCUGAACCAGAUUUGCCACUAAAGAGAAAACAGCGCAGGAGCCGAACCACUUUCACAGCAGAACAGCUUGAAGAACUGGAACGAGCUUUUGAGAGAACCCACUACCCUGAUAUUUAUACCAGGGAGGAACUGGCACAGAGGGCGAAGCUCACCGAGGCCCGAGUCCAGGUUUGGUUUAGCAACCGCCGUGCGAGAUGGAGGAAGCAAGCUGGGGCCAAUCAACUCAUGGCUUUCAACCAUCUCAUUCCGGGGGGGUUCCCUCCCCCCGCCAUGCCGACCCUGCCAACAUACCAGCUGUCGGAGACAUCUUACCAGCCCACAGCUAUUCCGCAAGCCGUGUCGGAUCCCAGCAGCACUGUUCACAGACCUCAGCCGCUUCCUCCGAGCACCGUCCACCAAAGCACUAUUCCUUCAAACCCAGACAGCAGCUCUGCCUACUGCCUCCCCAGCACCAGGCAUGGAUUUUCCAGCUAUACAGACAGCUUUGUGCCUCCAUCUGGGCCCUCCAACCCCAUGAACCCCGCCAUUGGCAAUGGCCUUUCACCUCAGGUAAUGGGACUCCUGACCAACCACGGUGGCGUACCCCAUCAGCCCCAGACCGAUUACGCUCUCUCCCCUCUCACCGGGGGCCUGGAACCUACCACCACGGUGUCGGCCAGCUGCAGUCAGAGACUAGACCAUAUGAAGAGCUUGGACAGUCUGCCAACAUCACAGUCCUACUGUCCACCCACCUAUAGCACCACGGGCUACAGUAUGGACCCUGUCACAGGCUACCAAUAUGGGCAGUAUGGACAAAGUGCCUUUCAUUAUCUCAAGCCAGAUAUCGCAUAA